GUCAUUCCUUUUCCGAGUGGUAAGUGAAGGCAUCACAGUUCCCACACCGGCGGACGAAGAAGUGUGGGGGAUUUCAGAGCAGCCACUUAUCGCGUCAUUAAAAUUGUUCGGUGAACACUCACAAACAGCCAAAGUCCGCCAGAAAGUUAUUGCAAACAAUGUGACAACUUGGGUAGACCUGACUCGUCCUCAUAUAGCGUAACCAAAACGUUCUUUUGCUCUCGUCUGCGCCAGAAGAAGAAGCCAUGGAGCCGAUAACAAAGUGGACACCGAAGCAAGUUGUAGACUGGAUGAAAGGUCUGGAUGACAGCCUACAGCAGUAUGUGAGCAACUUUGAGCGGGAGAAGAUCAGUGGAGAGCAGUUACUGAAGAUUACGCAUCAGGACCUGGAAGAGCUUGGUGUGGCAAGAAUUGGACACCAGGAACUGGUGCUAGAGGCUGUCGAUCUGCUCUGUGCUCUGAAUUACGGAGUGGAGACAGACAACUUAAAGAACCUGGUUGUGAGGAUGAGAGCUGCCACCAACAGUCUCCACAUGGCCACGUCUGACCGCAGGAAGAGCCCAGUGUAUGAUAGUAGCGCCUUACGCAAGCCACCUAAUGACUUUCUCACAUGUGUGGUUGAGUUGAUCGGCGCUGCUAAGAGCCUCCUGGCUUGGCUUGACAGGACGCCGCUCACAGGGAUCAGUGACUUCACAGCCACCAAGAACAAAAUCAUUCAGCUGUGCCUGGAGCUCACCACCACAGUUCAACAGGACUGUGGUGUUUACGAGAUGGAAGAAAAGAUCCUAGAAGUUUCAAAGAUUUUGAACAGCAUCUGUGAUCAGACUGUGAGAACCACCUCUGACCCCAUUUUGAGCCAGUCUGCCUGCCUGGAGGAAGUCCAGCUGACCAAUAUUAAACCGGGUGAAGGUCUGGGAAUGUAUAUCAAGUCAACUUAUGAUGGGUUACACGUCAUUACUGGAACCACAGAACAUUCCCCUGCAGACCUGACCAGGAAGAUCCAUGCUGGUGAUGAAGUGAUCCAAGUUAAUCAACAGACAGUGGUCGGCUGGCAACUAAAAAACCUGGUCAUCAAACUGAGGGAGGAUCCCAAAGGUGUGUUACUCCUCCUGAAGAAGCGGCCCACAGGAACAACAGGUUUUACCCCGGCCCCGCUUAAGAACAUGCGCUGGAAGCCUCCUGUACCUCAGAACAAUCCCUCCUUGAUCCGAGCUCAGUCUCCAUGCAGCUCAGCUAAUGGAUCAACCAAAAAAGAGAAAUCGGCAAUCUUGGAUUUUUACAUUCCGCCACCUCCUCAUAUACCCUACACUCCCAGAGAGGAAAGAACAGACACUUUCUCCAGUUUUAGUAAAAGGCCAAAAGGCUCUGAGUCACCCAACUCCUUCUUGGACCAGGAGAGUAGGAGACGCUGCACCAUCGCAGAUUAUGACAAACUAAGCAUUGGCUGUCCAAUCGAAGCCAAUGUGAUACAGCCCAGAAUGAGGGAGCACAAGCAAUCACGUGGUAAGCCCCGACCCAUGUCCAUGCCUGUGGAUACCUGUGUGUCAAUUGUGGACCCCUUUGCUAAGCCUUGGACACAUAGUAGGAAAGGCGAGGACCUCCUGUACAGAUACCUGAGCAACGAGAGGAUCCCCACCAUAGCCGAGGAAGUGGCGCAGGCAGCUCCGCCCAACUACCUGCCGACAGGGGAGCGCCGCCUUGUCAGGAUGGAACACAUCCGAGGCAGCCGCUACUACUCGAACUCAGACCUCCACAACAGCGCCACCAUCCCCUAUCAGGAGGAUGUCAAAAAGACCCCCGUAGCUUCGGUCUCCAAGCGCACGGCAGAACGUUCACUACUGGUCAGUUGGAUCACGCGACUUAAACUCUUGACUCACUGAUGAUGAUCCACUUCCUGUUUGGGGCUUCCUGUUCCUGUCUUGUCUCCUUCCUGGGUGCCUUUGAUUUUUAAUGUUCAGCAGUUUUUUUGUUUUGUUUUUUUUGUUUUUGGCAGCUUGCGGCUUUCUUUGCACUCUCUUGCCAACCUCCAUGUUUUCCUGGUAAUAGCUACUACUAGCAACUACUGCUUACCCACCACCCCUAACUACACCACAUCAUCACCCCAUUAACGCUGCCUACAACCUUCCCCUCCUCUGACUACAAGUCCCAUAUCAGACUCAAGAGGAUGCAGUUUGUUCAGGUCAGGACACUUUGCUGUCUAUGGACUCCACUGUACAUAAUAAGUUAAUAUAGCUCUCCUCGCCUGGUACAGUCGUCCCUCGCCACAUCCUGUUUCAAAUAUCAGUGUUUUAUUCAUGUCUUAUUUGUUUUAUUUUCUAUUGUCAUAUUGUGGCGAUCGAUAGACUUCGGUUUCCGGGUUGAGGGUGAACACUGCUAACAACAACACGGCGGCUAAUCUUGGCACUACUGUAACUUCACCGUGACAAUCACCUUGACCAACUUUUGGCAAAACAACUUUUUUUUCAUCUUCAACUCCUUCCUCAAUAAUAGCACAUAUCUACUUUGGUAAGACUUUGACGCGAGCGUAACAACUUACACCAGUAAUUUCAACUCUGAAAGCCCAGUUGUAACUUUGAGGAAUUACUAAGCAAAGUAUUUCCAUGCCGGGGUCUUGUUGUAGUGGCCGGGUGACGCUUGGAGGAUGUUUUGGGCUACCAGUGAGUAAUGUAAUCUACUGUAGAAUGCAAUCAAGGGUACUAUAUUGAAAUGAGCGUAAAGGUACGAUAUGGGUGUUAUUUAAUGUUAAGAGAGCUAUAAUAUGUUAAAAAAAAACGUAUUUCCACCGUCGUAAACUGUUUACGAAAAUAUUUGAUUUAUUAAUACUAGUAAUUAUCCUACUUUGUGGAAAGGCAUUUACCACGGUCAGGCCUGUAACCAGUUGGCCACAAUAAGCGAGGGACGACUGUAUUAUUUCUUUGGUCAUGUGCUUAUUUUUGUUAUACAUAAUAAGUCAUUCAAUAAAGUAAGAAAGACAAACUGAAUAUUUUGUUAACCCAACUUUGCAUGUCUGUUUCUUUUUAGAUGACAAUUCUGUGAUGUAUAUGUUUUUCUGCCUAAGGUUGCCUCUCGUAAGCUAUGCAUAUUCUUAACAGUCUUCAUGUAAAUUGUUACAUUAAUUGCUGCUUUGGUUUGGUGACGUUUUCAUCAUUGAUCCUAACAAAUAUGUGUGCUGGUUUCCAAGCUAUGCACACUAUUAAGUGCGCCCUUUUUAUAUCAUGUGCUUGAGUUUAAUUAACCACCUCAAGGGGCCUGUACACACAGCUGGUUGACAUUUAUAACUGGCCUUUUUAAGACAAUCUUGCCAGAUCACAUAAGACAGUAUUGUUUAAAAGUACUGAGAGUACGUCUCCGUUAUUGUUUGAUAUGCCUUUUUGUAGGUUUUGCUUAGCAUUUUAUUAAAAAUGUCACUUUC